UUAAAGGCAGACAAAAGCUCUCGGUGGCAGCCUUUGAGUCAUUACUUUGCGAUACCAUUCCCUUCAUCUUAGGUGUCAUGGCACAGUACUUUGCAGACAGCUAUUCAUUCUGCUAGGUUUGCUGCAAACACUGAAAGAGGUGUCUUGCACUCGCUGGAAGAUUUAGCUUUUAUGCUUCUGGUCAUUCUUCCCACAAAAAGAAUGAGACCAGUUUUGGAGCCAUUCUUAACUCUCCUUAGAAAAUAUUUCAAAAGAGAAACACAAGAAAGACUUCAUGAUUUUCACGCAAACUCCCAGCCUGCCUGCUUGCCUGCUGCUGCCAACACUUCUAACUCUUGCUGGUGAUGACAUUCAGCGAGCUCCCCAGCCCCGAUGCUUCUUAUGUAAGGCUGUCUAGGUCAAGUGUAGGAGACACACUGCUGGCCUGUGGAAACUCAUGGAACUGUUACCUUCUGAUUAACACUUCAGGGGCUAUGGAAGCUGGAGGAAGCUGAGCUUGUACUACAUCUUUUGGGGAUAAGGAAAAAACCCUUAAGAUCUCCAGAUGCCAAAUCUACUUCUCUUUUCACUCUUCUACAAGGCAAGACUCAAUAGUGUAUGCAGUUUGAACACUUUGGACUUUCAUAUGUGGAGUAAAUGGUAAUUAAAAUGUGCAGGAUGACAAGAUGGAGCAAACAGUGCUUGUACCACCAGGACCUGACAGCUUCAACUUCUUCACCAGAGAAUCUCUUGCGGCUAUUGAAAGGCGCAUUGCAGAAGAGAAAGCUAAGAAUCCCAAACCAGACAAGAAAGAUGACGAUGAAAAUGGCCCAAAGCCAAAUAGUGACUUGGAAGCUGGAAGGAACCUUCCGUUUAUUUAUGGAGACAUCCCUCCAGGGAUGGUGUCAGAGCCUUUGGAGGACCUGGACCCGUACUACAUCAAUAAAAAAACUUUUAUAGUAUUGAAUAAAGGGAAGGCCAUCUUCCGGUUCAGUGCCACCUCUGCCCUGUACAUUUUAACUCCCUUCAAUCCCAUUAGGAAAAUAGCUAUUAAGAUUUUGGUACAUUCAUUAUUCAGCAUGCUAAUUAUGUGCACUAUUUUGACCAACUGUGUGUUUAUGACCAUGAGUAACCCUCCUGAAUGGACAAAGAAUGUAGAGUACACCUUCACUGGAAUAUAUACUUUUGAAUCACUUAUAAAAAUUAUUGCCAGGGGCUUCUGUUUAGAGGAUUUCACUUUCCUUCGGGACCCAUGGAACUGGCUCGACUUUACAGUCAUUACAUUUGCAUAUGUGACAGAGUUUGUGGACCUGGGCAAUGUCUCAGCGUUGAGAACAUUCAGAGUUCUCCGAGCACUGAAAACUAUUUCAGUCAUUCCAGGCCUGAAGACCAUCGUGGGGGCCCUGAUCCAGUCGGUGAAGAAGCUCUCAGACGUCAUGAUCCUGACGGUGUUCUGUCUGAGCGUGUUUGCACUGAUCGGGCUGCAGCUCUUCAUGGGCAACCUGCGGAAUAAAUGUGUACAAUGGCCUCCCACCAACUCUUCCCUGGAGGAGCAUAGUAUAGAGAAGAAUAUAACUGUGAAUUACAAUGGCACACUUGUAAAUGAAACUGUCAUUGAGUUUGACUGGAAAUCAUAUGUUCAAGAUUCAAGAUAUCAUUAUUUUCUGGAAGGUUUUUUAGAUGCAUUACUAUGUGGAAAUAGCUCUGAUGCAGGCCAAUGUCCAGAAGGAUACAUAUGUAUGAAAGCUGGUAGAAAUCCCAACUAUGGCUAUACAAGCUUUGAUACUUUCAGUUGGGCUUUUUUGUCCUUGUUUCGACUGAUGACUCAGGACUUCUGGGAAAACCUUUACCAAUUGACAUUACGUGCUGCUGGGAAAACAUACAUGAUCUUUUUUGUGCUGGUCAUCUUCUUGGGCUCCUUCUACCUGAUCAAUCUGAUCCUGGCUGUGGUGGCCAUGGCCUAUGAGGAGCAGAAUCAGGCGACCAUGGAAGAGGCGGAGCAGAAAGAGGCUGAGUUUCAGCAGAUGCUCGAACAGCUUAAAAAGCAGCAGGAGGCAGCUCAGCAGGCAGCCACUGUAACCGCCUCAGAGCAUUCCAGAGAACCCAGUGCAGCAGGCCGGCUCUCAGACAGCUCAUCUGAAGCCUCCAAGUUGAGUUCCAAGAGUGCUAAGGAGAGAAGAAACCGGAGAAAGAAAAGAAAACAGAAAGAGCAGUCCGGUGGGGAAGAGAAAGAUGAGGAUGAAUUCCAAAAAUCUGAAUCUGAAGACAGCAUCAGGAGGAAAGGGUUUCGCUUCUCCAUCGAAGGGAAUCGCUUGACCUAUGAAAAGAGGUACUCCUCCCCACACCAGUCUUUGUUGAGCAUCCGGGGCUCCAUAUUUUCUCCAAGGCGCAAUAGCAGAACGAGCCUUUUCAGCUUUAGAGGGCGAGCGAAGGAUGUGGGCUCAGAGAAUGACUUUGCCGACGAUGAGCACAGCACCUUUGAGGACAAUGAGAGCCGGAGGGACUCCUUGUUUGUGCCGCGACGACAUGGAGAGCGACGCAACAGUAACCUCAGUCAGACCAGCCGGUCGUCCCGGGUGCUGGCAGUGUUUCCCGCGAGUGGGAAGAUGCACAGCACUGUGGAUUGCAAUGGUGUGGUUUCCUUGGUUGGUGGACCCUCGGUUCCUACAUCGCCUGUUGGACAGCUUCUGCCAGAGGUGAUAAUAGAUAAGCCAGCUACUGAUGACAAUGGAACAACGACUGAAACUGAAGUGAGAAAAAGACGGUCAAGUUCUUUCCAUGUGUCCCUGGAUUUUCUAGAAGACCCUUCCCAAAGGCAAAGAGCGAUGAGUAUAGCCAGCAUUUUAACAAAUACAGUAGAAGAACUUGAAGAAUCCAGGCAGAAAUGCCCGCCCUGUUGGUACAAAUUUGCCAACAUAUUCUUAAUCUGGGACUGUUCACCAUAUUGGUUAAAAGUGAAACAUAUUGUCAACCUGGUUGUAAUGGACCCAUUUGUUGACCUGACCAUCACCAUCUGCAUUGUCUUAAAUACUCUUUUCAUGGCCAUGGAGCACUACCCCAUGACAGCUCAUUUCAAUCAUGUGCUUACAGUAGGAAACUUGGUUUUCACUGGGAUCUUUACAGCAGAAAUGUUUCUGAAAAUUAUUGCCAUGGAUCCUUACUAUUAUUUCCAAGAAGGCUGGAAUAUCUUUGAUGGUUUUAUUGUGACACUUAGCCUGGUAGAACUUGGCCUCGCCAAUGUGGAAGGAUUAUCAGUUCUCCGUUCAUUUCGAUUGCUUCGAGUUUUCAAGUUGGCAAAAUCUUGGCCAACGUUAAACAUGCUAAUAAAGAUCAUCGGCAACUCAGUGGGGGCCCUGGGUAACCUCACCUUGGUGUUGGCCAUCAUCGUCUUCAUUUUUGCUGUGGUCGGCAUGCAGCUCUUUGGCAAAAGCUACAAAGAUUGUGUCUGCAAGAUUGCCAGCGACUGUAAGCUCCCACGCUGGCACAUGAAUGACUUCUUCCACUCCUUCCUGAUUGUGUUCCGCGUGCUGUGUGGAGAGUGGAUAGAGACCAUGUGGGACUGCAUGGAGGUCGCUGGUCAAGCCAUGUGCCUUACUGUUUACAUGAUGGUCAUGGUCAUUGGAAACCUGGUGGUCCUGAACCUCUUUCUGGCCUUGCUCCUGAGCUCAUUUAGUGCAGACAACCUUGCAGCCACUGAUGACGACAAUGAAAUGAACAAUCUCCAAAUUGCUGUGGACAGGAUGCAUAAAGGAAUCGCUUAUGUGAAGAGAAAAAUAUAUGAAUUUAUUCAACAAUCCUUCGUUAGAAAGCAAAAGAUUUUAGAUGAAAUUAAACCACUUGAUGAUCUACACAAUAAGAAAGACAGCUGUAUGUCCAAUCAUACAGAAAUUGGGAAAGAUCUUCGCUAUCUUAAAGAUGUAAAUGGAACCACAAGUGGAAUAGCAACGGGCAGCAGUGUUGAAAAAUACAUUAUUGAUGAAAGUGACUACAUGUCAUUCAUAAACAAUCCCAGUCUUACUGUGACGGUACCAAUUGCUGUAGGAGAGUCUGACUUUGAAAAUUUAAACACAGAGGACUUCAGUAGUGAAUCAGAUCUGGAAGAAAGCAAAGAGAAACUGAAUGAAAGCAGCAGCUCAUCUGAAGGCAGUACCGUCGACAUUGGCGCCCCUGCAGAGGAACAGCCUGUGGUGGAGCCUGAGGAGACCCUGGAGCCUGAGGCCUGUUUCACAGAAGGCUGUGUACAAAGAUUCAAAUGUUGCCAAGUCAGCGUGGAAGAAGGGAGAGGAAAACAAUGGUGGAACCUGAGAAGAACAUGUUUCCGAAUAGUUGAACAUAACUGGUUUGAAACCUUCAUUGUUUUCAUGAUUCUCCUUAGUAGUGGUGCUUUGGCAUUUGAAGAUAUAUAUAUUGAUCAGCGAAAGACAAUUAAGACAAUGUUGGAAUAUGCUGAUAAGGUUUUCACUUAUAUCUUCAUUCUGGAAAUGCUUCUAAAAUGGGUGGCUUAUGGCUAUCAAACAUAUUUCACCAAUGCCUGGUGUUGGCUGGACUUCUUAAUUGUUGAUGUUUCAUUGGUCAGUUUAACAGCGAAUGCCUUGGGUUACUCCGAACUUGGUGCCAUCAAAUCUCUCAGGACACUAAGAGCUUUGAGACCCCUAAGAGCUUUAUCACGAUUUGAAGGGAUGAGGGUGGUUGUGAAUGCCCUUUUAGGAGCAAUUCCAUCCAUCAUGAAUGUUCUUCUGGUUUGUCUUAUAUUCUGGCUAAUUUUCAGCAUCAUGGGUGUAAAUUUGUUUGCCGGCAAAUUCUACCACUGUAUCAACACCACAACUGGUGACAUAUUUGACAUCAGCGAAGUGAACAAUCAUUCUGACUGCCAAAGGCUAAUAGAAAGAAAUGAAACAGCAAGAUGGAAAAAUGUGAAAGUAAACUUUGAUAAUGUAGGAUUUGGGUAUCUCUCUUUGCUUCAAGUUGCCACAUUUAAAGGGUGGAUGGAUAUAAUGUAUGCAGCAGUUGAUUCCAGAAAUGUGGAAUUGCAGCCUAAGUAUGAAGAAAGUCUAUACAUGUAUCUUUACUUUGUUAUUUUCAUCAUCUUUGGGUCCUUCUUCACUUUGAACUUGUUUAUUGGUGUCAUCAUAGAUAAUUUCAACCAGCAAAAAAAGAAGUUUGGAGGUCAAGACAUCUUUAUGACAGAAGAACAGAAGAAAUAUUAUAAUGCAAUGAAAAAAUUAGGAUCGAAAAAGCCACAAAAGCCUAUACCUCGACCAGGAAACAAAUAUCAAGGAAUGGUCUUUGACUUUGUAACCAGACAAGUUUUUGACAUAAGCAUUAUGAUCCUCAUCUGCCUCAAUAUGGUCACAAUGAUGGUAGAAACAGAUGACCAAAGUGAAUAUGUAACUAGCGUUUUGGCACGCAUCAACCUGGUGUUCAUUGUGCUGUUCACCGGAGAGUGUGUUCUGAAGCUCAUCUCCCUCCGCCAUUAUUAUUUUACCAUAGGCUGGAAUAUUUUUGAUUUUGUGGUUGUCAUUCUCUCCAUUGUAGGCAUGUUUCUGGCAGAGCUGAUAGAAAAAUAUUUUGUGUCCCCUACCCUGUUCCGAGUGAUCCGUCUUGCCAGGAUUGGACGAAUCCUACGUCUGAUCAAAGGGGCGAAGGGGAUCCGCACGCUGCUCUUUGCUCUGAUGAUGUCCCUCCCUGCGUUGUUUAACAUCGGCCUCCUGCUCUUCCUGUUCCAGAUGACCACCUCUGCUGGCUGGGACGGGUUGCUAGCACCUAUUCUCAACAGUGCACCACCUGACUGUGACCCUGAUGCAAUUCACCCUGGAAGCUCAGUUAAGGGAGACUGUGGGAACCCAUCUGUGGGGAUUUUCUUUUUCGUCAGUUACAUCAUCAUAUCCUUUCUGGUUGUGGUGAACAUGUACAUCGCUGUCAUCCUGGAGAACUUCAGUGUUGCUACUGAAGAAAGUGCAGAGCCCCUGAGUGAGGAUGACUUUGAGAUGUUCUACGAGGUUUGGGAGAAGUUUGACCCCGAUGCUACCCAGUUCAUGGAAUUUGAAAAAUUAUCGCAGUUUGCAGCUGCUCUUGAACCCCCUCUCAAUUUGCCACAGCCAAACAAACUCCAGCUCAUUGCCAUGGAUUUGCCCAUGGUCAGUGGUGACCGGAUCCACUGUCUUGACAUCCUAUUUGCUUUUACUAAGAGGGUUCUGGGGGAGAGUGGAGAGAUGGACGCUCUCCGUAUACAGAUGGAAGAACGAUUCAUGGCGUCUAAUCCAUCAAAGGCCUCCUACCAGCCAAUUACUACAACUUUAAAACGAAAACAAGAGGAGGUGUCCGCUGUUAUUAUUCAGCGUGCUUACAGGCGCUACCUUUUAAGGCGAACUGUAAAACAAGCUUCAUUUAUGUAUAACAAAAAUAGAAUCAAAGGUGGGGUUAAUCUUCUUGCAAAAGAAGACAUGAUCAUUGACAGAAUAAAUGAAAAUUCUAUUACGGAAAAAACUGACCUGACCAUGUCCACAGCAGCUUGUCCACCCUCCUAUGAUCGGGUAACAAAGCCAAUCGUGGAAAAACACGAGCAAGAAGACAAAGAUAAAAAAGCCAAAGGGAAAUAAACAGAAACAGACAAAAAUAAUUGGGUUUUACUAUUUGUUUACAGCCUGUGAAGGUGAUGUAUUUUUGUCAAUAGGACUCCUUGAGGAGGUCAAUGCCAAACUGACUGUUUUUACACAAAUCUACUUAAGGUCAGUGCCUACAAUAAGACAGUGACCCCUUGUCAGAAAACUGCAACUCUGUGUAAAGGGGAGAUGACAGGAGGUUACUGUUCUCACUACCAGCUGACACUGCUGAAGACAAGAGACAAAACAGCUACUCAGACUGUGAGGACCAGUUCCAAGGGGUGCAAGCCUAUGAUUUGGGUUGUUUAACAUGAAACACUUUAGUGUAGUAAUUGUAUCCACUCUUUUGCAUUUCAACUGCCACAUUUGUCACAUUUUUACAAAAUCUGUUCGUGGAUUCAUCUUUUUUUUAAUCCAUAUGUUGUUUAUUAUAUGUGAAGAGUUUUGUAAACGGGGUUUCUGUUGGGAAUAGAUUAAAGGACCUCUUUACCAGGUAUGCCACCGGGAGUGAUGGCAAUCACAUCGCCCUCCUCUCUGAACAAAGACUUGGUUUGCAUGAGGGCAUGCUACACUUAGAGAUCAUGCAUGAAAAAAGGUCACAAGGAAAACAAUGAGUUCUUAAAUUCCAUCCAUGUUUCUGGAGGGGUAAUUAGGUGAUCAUUGGAGGUGCUUUGCUCAUCUUGUUUUGUGUCUUUGUUUUCAAAUCCAGCCCCUAGACCAAGUACAUCAUUUUGGGGGUGGUAGGCCACUAAAUGUUAGUAGGUGCAAACUUCAUUCAAAUGUCUGGAAUCAUAAUGUUAUGUUUCUGUUUGUUGUAUUUAAAAAAACCUAAAUAAUGAGCAUUGCUUCUCCCCUGAAGACUGAAUUGACCAAAAGAACCCUUUAUAAAUUUCUGCUUAAUCCUGCACUUCGUUUAGCCAUCUUCAGCUCAGCAAGAUCAACGCUGUAUAUGUUACUGAAAUGCUAUUUAUUAUGUAAAUAGUCAUUUUACCCUGUGGUGCACGUUUGAGCAAACAAAUAAUGACCUAAGCACAGUAUUUAUUGCAUCAAAUAUGUACCACAAGAAACGUAGAGUGCAAGCUUUACACAGGUAAUAUAAAAUAUUAUGUACCAUUAUAAAUAGUUUGGAUGCUAUAAAUGCAUGUUUUUAUUACCAUGCCGCUAUAUCUGGUUUCUCCCACUGCUCAGAAUCUCAUUUAUGAGAAACCGUAUGUCAGUGGUAAAGUCAAGGAAAUUGUUCAGCCAACUUCAUUUCUUAUGUCAUUAAGCAAUAGUUUGCAGCACUUUAAUAGCCUUUUGGUUAUUUUUAAAUUUUAAGUGGAUAACAUAUGGUGUAUAGCCAGACUGUACAGACAUGUUUAAAAAUAAACAAAAAAA